GUUAUCUUAACAGAGUGUGGCCCUGUUAGAGAAGCAAGAUUUUCUAAUUAUUUCACUACGGUCACUUUAAAAAUCAGGCUAGCUCGAAUUCGCGGUUAAUUUUGUUUAUUUAUUAGAAAAAUCAUGUCCGGAAGUAAGACCGUAGCCUUGGAGCGUCAACCCAACGCCAACACCCUUCUGCCGCCCAGCCGCGUGCGCACGAUCAUGAAGAGCUCAAUGGAUACUGGCCUGAUCACCAACGAAGUCCUCUUCCUGAUGACCAAGUGCACGGAGAUGUUUGUGCAGCAUUUGGCGCGAGAGGCGCAUGCCAAGCAUGGAGGCGGUGAUACCCUCAAGUACGAGCAGCUGUCUCAGCUGGUGAACAAGGAGAAGAACCUGGAGUUUCUGCUUCAAAUCGUGCCCGAGAAGAUACGCGUCUACCAGUUCAAGGAGAUGCUCCGCCUAAACCGCAGCCGCGACGGCGACGACGAUGAUGAUGAUGACGACUCUGGCUCGGGAUCCGAGUCGGAGGAGUGACGGCUGCGCGUUCUAGCGACCACCUGUACUGAUUCCACUUUUAUCAUAAUUAAGUCAAGAUAAUAAGUUGCGUUUCCAAGAUGUCCAAAAAAAAAAAGCUUUAUGAUACAUUUCAAGGAACACGCAACAUUACACGGUCUGUUUCCUAGAUCUAACGUUUGCUUUUUAAUAUUAAAGAACUAUUGUUCAAGUCGA